AUUAAUUUUUAGAUGGCAACACGUAUUUGGUUGACCUUCUGUUUGCAUCGAAAUCUGAGUCUCACAAAAAAUUUUCUUCUGAGAACUUUUUAAAAUAAAUAAAAUUUUUAUAUUAUUCCUUUCUAGUAUAGUUCAUAUUAUAUACUUAAUAUGUCAAUCAGCAAGAACUUGGUGACUUGCACUAGAAAGUUUGGCAGCUCGCCAUCAUUAUGUGCUGCUAUGAUAAAGCCCCCCGUUGCUGUAUUUGGUGUGGCAGGUCGCUAUGUCACAGCUUUUUAUUCUGCUGCAAUGAAAGAAAAGAAAAUUGAUGCAGUAGAAAAAGAUUUGAUUGACUUGAAGAAUUUGGUGCAAAAAGACAAAAGGUUCGCAGAAUUCAUUGUCAAUCCCUUAAUGAAGCCAAAAAUUAAAACAGAUAUUUUGAGGAAAGUUUGUACUAAGAAAAAUUACUCACCACUUACUGGUAAUUUAUUGGCUUUGUUGUCAGAAAAUGGACGACUUAAAUCUUUGAUGGCAGUAUUAGACUGUUUUAGUGGAGUCAUGAGCAAUAUUCGAGGAGAAAUUUCAUGUGAAAUAGUAUCAGCUAAGCCUCUUGAUGCUCCAACAUUGAGUGAGUUUGAGAAAGCUCUGAAAGCUUUUGUUAAGAAGAAUGAGAAAGUUCUGUUGAACACAAGGGUUGAUCCUUCACUUAUUGGUGGAGUUAUUGUGACAAUUGGAGACAAAUAUGUAGACAUGUCAAUAUCAUCAAAAAUCAAAGCUUAUGAUGCUGUGCUAAGAGAAGUUGUUUAGUUUGACCAUUAAUUAUUAGAGUCAAAAACAAAACAUUAAUAGUACAUAGUAUGUUUCAAAUUGAAAUUAAGGCUUCGUGUUUGGAAAUUCGUAAUAAAAAUCUUUAUUUGUAAUGAGUCCA